UUGGCAAGAUUAUUCGGCAAAGACCGUGAUCACAGUGGAGCAUUCCGUAUUUGGUUGUGGCCAGGUCCCUUUCAACCUCCUCAAUCAGUGCCACUCCUUGUCACUAUCCAUUAAACAUGGCCCACGUCUCUGCGUCAACCUCUCGAUAUGCUAAAAGACGGAAAGAACAACUCACAUUGGUGAAAAAGCUCCGAGCAAUUGGUGCACAAGCCAACAUAGAUCUACCUAGGAUAGCAGUCAUUGGAAAUCAAAGUGCAGGAAAGUCGAGUCUAGUUGAGGCCAUAUCAGGAAUUUCCCUCCCUCGUGAUGCUGGUACUUGUACUCGAUGCCCCAUUGAAUGUCGCCUAUCUUCAUCUGAAGAUCCUUGGAAAUGUCAAGUCUCCAUUCGCUGGGAGUACGAUCCACAAGGGCAACGUCUUGAUGAAGUAAUGGAAGAGCACCUCGUUGAACAUCUUACGGACAAGACAGACGUUGAACUCGCUCUCCGUCGUGCACAAUUCUGGAUUCUAAAUCCCAAAGACAGCAUGAAUCACAUUCUUUCUUUGUCUAUGGAAGAGCUGAGGGCACCCAGAGAGAACGCUUUGGCAUACUCACGAAAUGUGGUAUGUUUGGAUAUUUCUGGUCCUGAGCUCACAGACCUCUCUUUCGUCGACCUGCCCGGCAUCAUUCAAAAUGCGGAGAACCACCUUGUCCAACUUGUUGAAGAGCUUGUUCUUUCUUAUAUACGCGGCAAUUGCCUUGUUUUAAUCACAAUGCCUAUGAGCGAUGACAUCGAGAAUCAGAAGGCCGUUCGUCUUGCAAAACAAGUUGAUCCCUAUGGCGAUCGUACGAUAGGCGUUCUUACGAAGCCGGACACUCUGACAGAGGGAGCCAUCAAAAUGCGCAACCUUUGGCUUGACAUCAUUGAGGGACAUAGACAUACACUGAAACAUGGUUAUUACUGUACUCGCCAACCCGAUGACGACGAGAGGCAACGGGGUAUCACUUCGACCGGGGCGCGGGCUGCUGAAGAAGACUUCUUCUCACAGGUCGCUCCCUGGUCGCUUUCCUCUCAUCGUCACAGAUUCGGGACUAGGAAUCUUGUCGAAAACCUCGGUAUCCUCCUAAGCAAUGUCAUUAAUGAGAGCCUUCCUAAACUCGUAGUUGAAGUUAACCAUGAUCUUUCUGCUUGUGAAGCGCAUCUCAAGACGCUUCCUAAGCCGGUUACGACAGACCCGUCCGCCUAUGUGCUCAACUUGAUCACUUCGUUCUGUCUCGAGGUUAGAUCAUUUGUUCAAGGUGGCUCACGAACGGCGAGUCUUGUUCAGGAGAAUCGCAGAAUAUACGACACUUAUAUGCGAGAGAUCUUUUCCACGGCGCCACAAUUCCUGCCAUAUACAGUUGAUAAACAGCAAAGCGGUUCUAUUACGGUGACAUCAUUUGCGCACGAUGAAAAUGGCUUCUCAGCAGAAGCUUCGCCUUCCAGUGUGGAUGGAUGCAUGUUUCUCAACGAUGUACGAGACCAUAUACGACGGUCGCUCACGCGAGAGCUUCCAAAUAAUGUACCUUACAGCGCAAAGGUCGCCUUGAUACAGCACUUCCAGACAUCCUGGAAAGCAUUAAGUGCAAGAUGCUUUGAGGCUGUUCAUGCCGCCUUCCACGAGCUUCUUUGCAGACUCAUAGAUAGCAAUCUCAGUCUCUAUGCACACUUGGAAGCCAGGGUUAGGUUGGUAGUUGACGAAUUGGUGAAAGUCAAAUAUGAGGAUACGCUUGUUCAGAUUUUCAAGACACUCAACCAUGAAGCGUUGCCGUUCACUCAACAUUCUCGUUAUCUAGCCGAAACCAAGGACAACUUUCUAUCUAAAUAUAAGGACGCUCGUGCAGCUCUUCUUGGUUUCAAGCCGCCACAGCCAUCUGGUGUAGGGCCAUUUGCUGCGUUUACUCCGCCGCCUCCAUCACAUGACGCGAAAUCAGUGGGUGCCGUCUCAAGUAGUGUCACUGGAUGUGCACAUGUAUCCGCAAAGCCAACAGACAAGUCAUCGAAAAUAGCUCUCCCAGAUGAUUUCAAGUUCUCUGAAGACUUCCGCAAAGGGGCUCUUAGGAACUCAUUCUUGACAUCGCCGACUGCAGGGUCAUCAACAGCGACACCGUUGAAACCAUCGAUUCCUUUCACACCCUUUUGGGAGAACUUGCCAAAAACAGCUGAGCCACUCUCAUCUUUUUCUAAAGGUAUUCUCAGUGAAGAGGAACGUAAACGGGAAGAAGCGAAUAUCAUUGCAGGUCUCGCUAGGCUGGGAUACGCUGGAGUUGCUACCGAGGAUUUUGGAAAGCUCAACCGGCGUGAUGAAUAUGAGGAGGAGCUCGAGAUGAUGGCCGAAGUUCGGGCAUUUUUCCAAGUUUCCUAUAAGCGAAUUGUCGACUAUGUGCCAAUGAUCAUAGAUCACGAAUUCUUGUUCGCAUGUUCUGAUGCUCUCCAAGCGUUUCUUAUCGAAAAACUUGAACUCGCGACGAAGAAUACAUCUGAGCGCUGCGCAGUAUAUGUUGCAGAAGACGCUGGAAUUACCACUAUGCGAGAAGAAUUACUUGCCCGGAAAAAGCGGCUCAUAAGUGCCCAACAAGAACUUCUGGACUUCGCGAUCUGAGCGUAACACUAUCGUGCCGGCCUUCCUAUGUGCUACAAUAUGUAUCAAAAGGAUUGCCAGUUUACCAUCGAGAGGUCGGUCGAGGAUAUAGUUUGUAACGCAGAUGUUAAUGUACCCAGUACGGUGUUAGUCUCCGCCGCUAAACAAGGACUCUGCCUGGCGUUGAAUGUGGCGUUAUAAAACAGUAGGCGGAAAAAUCACACUAUUCAUGGAGGUCCCGGAAUUGCACCUAAAUCUCGGAAAGCAUGAGUGGUGUGGUAUUCCGUCGCGAACAUUAACAUGAGGGUACAAGCAUAGCAAGUGUGAGAAAGACUAGGUACAGCAGACACAAAAGACAAAAGAGUUGACAUCACAGCAAUGAAGACAACAAAGCGCAAGAGAACUC